AUGCGUCCCAACAACGUCAUAAGUAAAGACGGUAAACCGGGUACUCCCACACAACCCGAGAGAGAGAGCAAUAUCGUGGCGCGUCAAUGCAGCUCGUUGCACAUGCACGAUCAAUUCAGAAGUGCCAAAUCAUUCGCCUAUCGUCAAGGUCCUCUUUGGCUGGGGAUUGUGGUGACGAGCCGGCGUAAGGAUAAGGGAAAUGUUUUUCAGAUUUGGCGUGGGGUGAGGGGGACGGAGCCUGGGCAGAUCGAGGGAGCUAGCUGGACCCCCUCCUCCCUCCGCCGGACGAGUCGGAUGUGGAGCGAACGGACAAGUAAAAAGUACAAAGUCCCCAACCAGCGAUCAUUAAAACUCUCAAGCACACAUGCACAACCGCGCGGAUCCGACCCGAACGAACGACGUAUGGCUCCGGAUGUCAGGAACCCGAACCUUCCCUUCACUAGCUUCCUCAACUUCGACUUCUAAUGAGACCUUUGUGAGUGAACGCUAAGAUGAUCAUCAUGGCAAUAUCACUUGCACAAAGUAAAUCCACGCACAAAGAUGCUUUUAUACGCACGUACCGAUCCUGAGCUCAUACUCGAUCGACUGCGAGGUUUGACCAUUAUACCACUUUGCAUGGCUAACCCAGCUAGCAUCGAUGUCUCUAUGGAAGGAAUAAAAAUUCGAUCCCUUCCCAGGCAAGAUCAUGCAACACUUUACAAGUAAACAAGUCCAUAAUCAUAUCAAUUUGAUCUUGCCCCCUCUCGCCCCCCCCCUCCCUCGGUCAUAUCUAUAUCUAUCGACUAUAUCCCGGUCCCG